UAUGGAGAAUCUAAACUUGUUAUCAUUGGUCUACUUACUAGUACCAAUAGUCCUUAUCUUACUUAUUCUUCUGGGAAACAUUGUAGUAAUUAUAUGUAUCCUAUACAGCAAACAGCUUCAAACUGCCACUUAUAUCGCAGUACUCAUUCUAGCAUGCUUUGACAUCACUCUUGCAUUUUGCCUGCCAUUUGCUGUCAUGGAAUCAUACCGUCCCCUUUAUUUAGUCUCAAAUCAAAUGCUGAUAAAUAUGUCUGGUGCUUCUCUCAGUGCCCAGUGCUUGAUAGCUUUCAAUCGCUUCCAGACUCUGAUGAAGCCACUUUCCUAUAAGGCAAAUGUCACAAUAAAAAGGACACUCUACUUGAUUGCCCUCACAGUUUUCUAUUGCACUGUUGUAGCAUGGACACCAUUUCUUAUUGAAUGGGAGACAAAUGGACUCUUGUUAUUUGAUGAUAAUAUUUUACUCCUUCAAGUCAUUUUGAAAAAUACAUAUGCACUGUUUUUCGUUGCAGUCUUUAUUCCAGUAUGUCUUGUGACAUUUUUCUGCUACUAUAAGAUAUAUGGAAUCGCAAAACGCCAUAGUGAGAUGAUAGCAACUCUGGAGAUUUCACUGAAUCACAAUGGUAGCUUAGCUUGUAGAAAAACAAAAUAUGCCAAAACAAUUGCCUGCAUCAUCUGUGCUUUUCUACUUUGGUUUCCUUUUCAAAUGUGUGUGGUCUUUGAGAGUGCAACCAAUUUGAAAACCAUGAAGAGAUUUCGGACUGGCCUACUUUAUUUAGCUAUUUUCAACUGCAUCUUGAAUCCAUGGAUCUACUCCUACAAUAACUCGCAAUUUCGUUCUGCAUUGAAACUCAUCUGCAGGAAUAUCUAUGAACAGUGUUUGAAAUACAAGAGACAAUUAAUUCACGAAAUCAUCAAAAAGCCCUUACACAGUGCCACUCUUCCCACAUUUACCAUAUUGCCAGUUUAUCAAAACAAAAUUCAAAGCUGCUGCUACGAAUAUGAAGCUUUCCUUCAUGCAAUUCACAAGAAAAGAAAAACCUGCUUCUUUUGUCCCCUAUUAAAUUUACCACAAACCAGAAUUACAGAGGGUUACACACAAAAAUCCCAUUUUGCAACCAAGAAGCUUUUCCACAUUCCAGAUACAACAACCCCUGUGGAUAAUUUAGUAACAUGAAUCUUCUGGAAAUGUUAAAAUUUUGAGAAACUGAAACAGCAACAAAGUAAAAAUCCAUGAAAUGAAGAACAAACUUUUGUACUUCUGAAACGACAUCUAAAACACCUAACAUUAUAAAGGAUAAAAAAAAGUUAUGGAAGUUUGAACUUCAGCCCUGUUUUUAUUUUAAAUUCAAAAAGAAAGAAUAUUUAUUUCGUUUUUUAAAAAAAAGGUAGUAUGUUCCCAACAAAGUAUGAAUGGAUGGAUUGGGUGAUAUGGUGGUAUUUAUGCAUUUCCCAAAGGAACUAAUAAAUUAAUUUCUAUAACUGAUACAAAUCCAUAAACUAUUCUUUGAUGAUUCUGCAAUACUGGUUCACCCAUAAUAAUGGUGUUUUUCGUUGUUGUUGUUUUUUACAUUAGCAACCAGACUUAGACAACUGAAAAUUGAGUAUAUUUUGACCCGUGUACUGGUGAUUGGAUACAAACCACAAAUUCUUACUUGGUUAUUUGAUACAUUAUCAACACAGACAUCCAUCCAGCACUGGUUCUCUUUUUUAAAACUUUUGUUUUAAAAACAAAUAGUGGAAUGAGAUUGUAUGACAUUGAUGCCUUUAUUAAAGGGAUAAGCUACAGCUACAUAUGCAAAAAAAAGAACAGGAAUUAGCUUCAGGCAGUCACAGCAAUUGACUUAUCCAAAACAGCCCUACACUCACCUUCGGCAUUAUCUCCAGCAUACAUUAUUAGCACCGACAGUGACAACGAUGAUGAUGGUGGUAGUGAUGAUGAUGAUGAUGAUGAUGAUGAAAAUAAUUAUGGCGGUGGCGGUGGGAACAAUCGUAAUAAAUUACCUUACUUAAGUGCAGUAUAUGGAACAUAUAUUGUUGUGUUACAAGAACAGACUAAUACCUUACUAAAGACUUUACUUUAAUCAGAUAUGAAAGAAGGAAUGAAAUAAAAUGCAAAUUCCAUCUGCUCUGUGCAAUGUUUGAACUUUGAACUUUCGAUAACAACAAUAUUAAUACCAGCAGUAGCAGUAACGAACACCAAACUUGGGAAAAUUAAAAUCACCCUGGCUGAUUGUCUGCCAGCUCUGUCGUCAUCCACCCUUAUGUAAUGAAUAACUAAUGAUCCAGAAACAUGGACUAAAGUGCAUAAAAUAUCAUGCUAGCAGUAAUAGCAUUUUGAUCCCAAGAUGCUAAAUAUAUUACUCAACUUGCCUUUAAAUUUACCAUUGUAUAUUGGCUACAAACGUACAUACGACAGCCAUAGCAAAUUUACAAAAAAAAAAAAACAUUCGUGCCUAAUAUUAAGUGACAACGAUGAUGAUGAUGAUGACAACAUUUUCCAUGUUUACUUGUGCUUAUUUUUUCCCACCGACAGUUAUGUCUUCCCAACAACAAGUAACCACUCAUCUGUAUGAAGUUGAGAAUGGAAAUUAAUUUUUAAGUCAGGUAGAUUGAAAGAAAACAGAGUUAUGUACCUUGCUCAGGGACACCACGCAAUUGUUGUUUAGCUCCAGAUCAUCCCUGAUCAAAGAGACAGUCCAGCCAUGACCAUCCCAUCUUUUUUUUUUUUUUUUUCAAAUGUAUCUAAUAUGUCGUUCCCGUUUGUUUGUUUUUGAGACAGUAGGAUGAGUAAUUUAAAGAUUUUAUUGCUAUUUCUAGCGUGUCCAGUUACCAUUUGGAUCAUUGGUUCACUCGUUGGCUUGUUAACUACACCAUAAUUAUCUUAGUCUAUGGUUAGACAUUCAAACCUUGAACUUACGAUCAAAUUCGACCAGAAACUCAACAGUUAUUGUCUUAUUGAGAAAAUGAAAGUUCAGCUCGUUUUUAUUUGAGAAAUUUGUUACAUGCCUCUGGAAGUUUUGAGUUGUUGAUAUUCCAUGAAGAAGAUGACAACAAAACAUUCAAUGUUUGAUAUUCAGUGAAUGAUCAAUAAAUAAGAUAUGAUAACAACGUGAUGCAGGAGGAGGUGUAGAGAGAGAGGGAAAACGUUGUUGGAUGGGGUCAUCAGUGAAUCUGAAUGUGAUAAUGUGUUUGGUGUGUGUGUGUGUUAGUACAUAUAUGUGUAACCACAUGUAAUUAUGUGCAUCUGUGUGUGGGGGGUGCAUGAGAGAGAGAGAAUGUGUGUUAGUAUAUGUAAAGUGAUCGAUAUUAGGAAAGAUAUCCUGUCAUAGAAACCAUGCCAAAGCUAAUACUGGUGCUUGAUAUCACCGUACAUCUUGUUGGAUCCUGUGAAACCGUCCAACCCAUGCCGGCAUGGAUAAGGAACGUUCGAUGGUGAUGUGUGUGUGUGUGUGUAAUGAAGUGUGUAUAUUGAAUUCAUGUGCCUCUGUAUAUGUUGUGAUUGUUGUUGAACACCAUGUCGGGCCUCGUCAAAUAGACAUAUCAAUCAAAAAUAUUGAAGCCAUGACACUCACUAUCACUUAUAUUUUUAGUCAUUGUAUAUCUAGGACUACAAUAUCCCAUGCAUCUUAUUUUGUUCUUCUCAGACAGUAAGAUAAGAUACGGUGGAGACUUCGCUGCUAUUUCUAGCAGAUCGAGUGACUGCAAACAGGCUUGCUCAGUGGCUUACGUAUGUGUUUGGGUGCAUAUGUUGUAUGCAUGUGCGGUGUGCAUGUGUGAAUGCAAAAACUAUGAAGAGACAUACAUACAAUAUUGCUGAAUUUAUUUCAGCAAGAGAAAUAUAUCAUCUGUUUCAUAUGAUGAAAUUUGUAAAUAUUCCGGUGAAUUCUAAGAAAUAAAGAAAGAAAACUUAUAUUCUUA